AUGAUUUCAAAAUCAAUCGAAGCAGGACUUUGGCAAAAGAUUGCUCCUAAAAAAUUUAUAUGGGAUUCUGAGAGGAAUGUUCUUUAUUUUGCAAUUGAAAAGGGAAAUCUCAGACUCGUUCAAUCACUCAUCGAAUGUGGUUGUGACAAAGAAGAAAAGGAUAAAUUGGGGUCUACUCCACUCAUUGAAGCAUCAAUAAAUGGUCAUCUUGGCCUUGUUAAAUAUCUUAUCUCAGUUGGUGCUAAUAAAGAAGCAAAGGAUAAAUAUGGAGAAACUCCACUCAUUUAUGCAUCAGAAAAUGGUUAUCUUGAAGUUGUUAAAUAUUUUAUCUCUAAUGGAGCUAAUUUAGAAGCAAGGAAUAAUUAUGGAUAUACUCCCCUCAUUUGGGCAUCACAAAAUGGUCAUCUUGAUGUUGUUAAAUAUCUUAUCUCAGUUGGAGCUAAUAAAGAAGCAAAGAAUAAUAAUGGAAAAACUGCGCUGAUGGUUGCAGAAGGUAAAGUAAGAGAUUACUUAAAAACUAUUUGUGCCAAAUAA